AUGGGGCGACGUCGUCGGCCGGGGAAGGCUGCGCGGCGCCUCCCACGAGGCGCCUCUGCGGAGGAAGAGACGGACCCUCGCCGUCCCGCUGCCUCGCCUGCAGCUCCGUGCUCGUUCGUGGUGAAGCGUGGACGACUGACGCCUGCCGCUCGCCUCCUCGUCCAAGAUCUCCGCAUGCUCAUGUCGCCCUACUGCAGUUCGCGGCUUCGCGAGAAGCGCAGCAACAAGCUGAAAGACUUUGUCGCCGUCUCCUCGCUUCUCGGCGUCACGCACCUCCAGGCGGUCUCGCAAACAGAGGCGGGAGUCUACCUGAAAGUUGCGCAGCUGCCGAACGGCCCGACCCUCACAUUUCAAGUCUCGAAAUUCACCCUCAUGAAAGACGUGCGAAAAGCCGCAGGCCUCAAGGCACGAAAUGACGCACGUGACUUCAGAUCGCCUGCGCUCCUCCUGUUUAGCGGGGGAGGCGCCGGGGACAAACGGACGAAAAAAAAGGCAGAAAACCUCGACGACGCAGCCCGAGCGAGUCUCGGCCCUCACGACGUCGAACUGCUCGUCACCAAAAUGAUGAAAAACGUUUUCCCUGCGAUCGAUGUCCAAACCGUUCCGCUGUCAGAGUGCCGGCGCGUCGCCCUGUAUCGUCGCCAGCAUACCUCUGCUUCGCCGUCUUUGACUUCGAAGACGUGUUUCACUUAUCAGUUUCGGCAAUACGCCAUCGUGCGGCGCGCCGCAGGGGUGACGUCGGGCGUUCGGCGUCUUGUUGAGGCGGCGUCUCGGCCUGCGGUAGAGCGAAAGAUCUUUAAGAGUUUGGGCAUUCGCGAGGCGACGCAGCAGCGAGAGCGGGAGCGGGAAGCGCGUGCCCGGGCGCGUCUGCAGGGCGAGGAGCCCAGCGACGGAGACGCCUCGGAAGACGAGAGGCAAACGCGGCUGAAGCGCCGAGACCUUGACAUUUGCGACAUCACGCUCAACCGCGAGGGCCGGGGAGGGAGCGGCUUCUCCGACAGCGAGGCGGAGGAAGAGGAGACGCUCGUCGAGUUCGAUUCGCGAACAGCCAAGGCGACGUGUCCGGCGGCUGCGCGAACGAACCAGCCGCACGGCGGCCUGAACGCUCUCCUCAGCUCCUGCGCCGAAGGCAACUUGCGAGAAGACAAGAAGAAGCGAGAGCGGGACGACAGCGACGAAGAGGCGGAAGGCGAAGCCGAGGAAGGAUCCAGAGACGAAAUGUGGAAAAUGGCCAUCUCCCUCGUCGAACUCGGUCCUCGAAUGGAGCUGCAGCUUGUCAAGAUAGAAGAGGACGUUUGCGCCGGAAAAGUUCUGUACCACCACUUUAUCUCAAAGACUCCAGAGGAGCUGCGCAUGCUGAAGGCGAAGGAGGCGGCUCUGAAGGCGGAGCGCCAGAGACAGAGAGACGAAAUGGAGAGGGCUGUGGAGCUGCAGCUGAAGAAGAAAAAGAGAAAAGAUGGAGAAGACGAAGACAGCGACGGAUCCAGUGCCGCGACGGACAGUGGCGACGAGCAAGCGUCGGGAAAGAAGGGGAAGAGGGACGAGAAAGGGAAGCGAAGUGCCUCGGCUUCAGCCGGAGACGACGGAGGUAGCGAUGAUGGCGACAGCGAUUCUGAGAUCCAAGCGAACAAGCGACAGAGACGGACGAACGGCGGAGACUCGGAGGACUCCGACGGGGACAGUGAAUCAGACGAAGACGAGGGAGACGCUGCAGAUGACGAGGCGGAAGAGGAACAGACUGGUGGACCUGGCAAAAAGCGGAAAAACAAGAAGAACAAGGACGUCGAGUCGCCUGCAGAGAACGCAAGCGUCACUCCAACAGUCUUUGCACGUCACAGCGGCAAGCGGGGAAAUGCGAAGCAGGGGAGGGAGGAAAGAAAACAGGGAAAGGCCCGCGCCGGCUCGGCUGCCGGCAGUGCAGGAAAGAAGAAACUCUCGUCCGCCGAUAUGGUCCUGCAAAAGUACAGGCAGGCGAAGGAACGAAGUGGGAAAAUUUCCGGGAAAAAGUGA